AUGGAUCAAGAUAUUGUCAAUUCUAUGGGACUCCUCACUCAUACGAAGCAAAGAUUACAAACGACGAGGAAUAGUGAAUUUGAAUCAUUAAUGGUUGAUGUCUCUUCCUUCUGUGAUAAACAUGAGAUACUGAUCCCGAAGAUGGACGCUCGCUAUUUUCCUGGGAAGUCAAAGCGUAGAGCUCUUGAUGUUACAUACUCUCAUCAUUUGCAUUUUGAGAUAUUUAAUGAUGUUAUUGAUUUGCAUCUUCAAGAGCUUAACAGUCAUUUCGAUGAUGUGAGUACCGACUUACUUCUCAGUAUGGCUAGUUUAAAUCCACUUAAUUCAUUUGGUAAUUUUGAUAAGAACAGGAUAAUGAAAUUGGCUGAAUAUUAUCUGAAUGAGUUUGACAGCAACAAGCUCCGGGAUCUUAGUUGCCAACUUGACAGUUUUAUAGUUUAUGCUCAUAGUCGUGACAAGAGGUUCUUCAACAUGAAGGGAAUUGGUGACAUUUCUAAAGUGUUGGUUAAGUCAGAUCUGCAUCAAACUUGGCCACUUGUGUAUUUACUUAUCAAGUUGACUCUCAUUCUUACUGUUGCUACUGCUUCUGUGGAACGAGCUUUCUCAUCCAUGAACUACAUAAAACAUGAGUUUCGCAAUAACAUAGGUGAUGAAUUUUUAAAUAGUUGUUUAGUGUGCUAUGUAGAGCAUAAGAUAUUCUCAACUGUGAACAAUGAUGCCAUUAUUCAUCGUUUUCAGCAUAUGAAAAGUCGUCGAUCACAGUUGUGA